GUGUGAUACCAAAUUAAGUCAUGGUUAGUCCCUAUUUCGUGCCGAAAAUGAAUUAGUUCAUAUAAGAAUCAUGGUGUUCGAGUCGUAUGUUGUCGAUCUUUUGAACAAGUUCGCCGGCCAGUACUUGGAGAAUCUCGAUACUUCCCAGUUGAGGCUUGGGAUCUGGGGAGGAGAUGUCCAACUGGAAAAUUUGAUUCUCAAGGAAAGCGCCUUAGAUGACCUUGCUUUGCCAGUUAAAGUUCUACGCGGUCAUUUAGGUAAACUGGUGCUGAAGAUACCCUGGAAGAAUUUGUACUCAGAACCUGUUGUUGCUCAAGUAGAUGGACUUUACUUACUUGUCAGACCAAGUGCUGAUGUUAAGUACAAUGCUGAGAAAGAGGAAAAAGCCAAACAGGAGAGAAAGCAAAGACAGCUGGAAGCAGUGGAGCUCACUUGGCAGAUUGAAGUGGAAAAGAAAAAGGAGAAUGGGCUGCAAAAAGAUGAAAAGUCAGACAGUUUUGUAGAGAAGUUAGCCAUGCAGAUUGUCAAAAACCUUCAGGUCUUUGUUCGCAAUAUUCACAUACGAUAUGAAGACUCUGUUACUAACCCUUCUGCACCAUUCUCAAUUGGUGUGACAUUGGAGAAUUUGUCAGCUGAGUCCACAGAUGAACAUUGGAAACCUUCAAUUGUUGGUAAAAAAGUAAAAAUUGUACACAAGCUUGUCAAACUUGACAGUCUUGCCAUUUACUGGAAUACAAAAGAUCAUAUUGGAAAUCUGCCAACGCAAGAGGACUGGGUGAAUCAAGCCAAGGGUGGGAUAGCAAUCAGAACGAAACAACAUUUCUCUCCUCCUGAUUUUAAAUACAUCUUACAGCCAAUCUCAGCCACCACUAAAGUGAAGAUGAAUAUCAAGCCAGGUUCUGAUUUGAGUAUCCCAAAGAUUUUCCUAAGCUUGGUCUUGGAAGAGAUAUCUCUAGUUUUGAUGAGACAGCAGUACCAUGAUAUGAUUGAGUUGCUGGAAUCCUUUGACAGAAUGACCACAAAUUCUGUGUUUAGAAAGUACAAACCAAAUGUCCCUCUCCAUGGACAUGCUGCACAAUGGUGGAGUUAUGCCAUUACAAGCAUUCUUGAGGAAGAUGUUAGGAGGAGAUUAAGAAACUGGUCUUGGACACACAUGAAGGAACAUAGGGAUCUCUGCAGGGAAUACAAAAAUUUGUACAAGAAAAAGUUACUGGGAGACAAAGCUUCUGAAUCAUUGUCAAAAGAUCUAGAGGCACUUGAGAGCAAGUUGGAUGUGUUGAAUAUCACCAUUUGUCGACGCCAGGCUGCUUAUGAGGAAGCUGCAGCAUUAAGGAAAAAGAAGAAGAAAGUGGAAGAGAAGAAGAGUGGCAGUUUGUUUUCUAGGUUCUGGGGCAAAAAAAAAAGCAAGAAGGAGGAGGAUGAAUCAGAAAUUUUAACUGAAGAUCAGAAAAAAGAAGAACUGGAGAAGUUGUACAGUGCCAUUGGUUACAGUGAAGGAGAAACCAUAACAGUAUUCCCCAAGGAGUAUGUGGAAAAUAAAGUUGAGGUGAUUUUGAAGCAGAUUAGUGUGGCUUUAAGAGAUGAUGCAGCUGCCAAGUCAGUUGCUGUUGCCAAACUGAGUUUCCAGGAUCUUUCUGCAGAGCUCUCCCAAAGACCAUCGGCACAAGCAAUCAAGCUGUCAGCAAAGGUUGAGCAGAUGAAGAUGUUCGGUUCAGCUAAUGCUGUAGAUGGAAAAAUGCCACUCAUGAUAACCUCUCAAAAUGAUAAACUAGCAAGCCAACUUGCUCUUUUUACUGCAUCGUUUGAGACCAACCCAUUGGACGGGAAGUGUGACCAGAGAGUUACAGUGAAAUCUCAACCUGUUAAAGUUGUGUAUGAUGCCAACACAGUGGAUCAUAUUGUCACUUUCUUUAAACCUCCAAAAGAUGUCCAUCUCCAGGAGUUGUCAGCCGAGGCAUACUCAAGACUAGAAGAUCUGAAGUCAGUAUCCAAAGCAAGUCUGUAUUAUGCAAUUGAACACCACAAGAUAACAGAUGUGAAUGUGGAUGUGAAGUCUCCAUUUAUCAUUAUACCAGAGGAAGGCACCUUUAAGAAGUCAAGCAAUGUGCUUGUCAUUGAUCUUGGACAUGUGAAGAUCACCAGUGAUCCAGAGCAAGAGAGGGUUGUAUCCACAAAGGAUCUAAGCGUGGAGGAGUUGGAAUCGAAGUGUUACGAUAAGUUUGAUUUUAAACUGGAAGACCUUCAAAUUCUCAUCGCAAAAGCAGAUGAAGACUGGCAGGCCGCAAAGAAGCAGGUCAACUCUAAGAUGCAUAUUCUAGAUCCGAUGGGAAUUGACAUGAAGCUUCAGAAAGCACUAAAUCCUGACGAUAUCAGGCUUGCACAGAUCACACUCUCUGGAACCCUUCCAACUGUGAAAGUCCAUGCCUCUGAUGAGAAGCUUCUUCAGGUUAUUAAGCUUGCUACCAGUAUCCCAAUACCAGGAGGUGAAAUAGCUUUGGACCAAACGGAUAAAAAACCAAUGGAUGUUCCUUGUGAAAAUCGCCGGUAUACAACUGCAAGGACUGGUGGUGACGUAACACAAUUGGGUGUUUUGGAAGGUGCUACAGGAGAACAAGAUGAAGAAGCUGAGGAAAUGGAUGAAAUGUUCCAGACGCCAUCUGAAACACUAACCGGAGAAACCAACCUUGAAGGAGCUAAAAGUGAAGAAAAAGAGGCUAUGGCUAAACAAGUUAAAGUUUCUCUUAAGUUUGAGAUUGAAGAGAUAGUCGUUGACUUUAGCACUGUGGAUAGUGGAGGGAAAUUGACGCCUUGUCUUGUGCUGCAUGCCAAAGGCCUGGGUACCGAUAUUGUCAUGCAUCCUUGGGAUCUCUCAGCGAGUGCUUCCUUGUCUUCUCUGGCCGUAGCGGAGAUGAUCCAUGGAACUGGAGGAGGUCCUCUUUAUCUUGUGCAGACGCCUGUUGGUGCAGAGCUGCUCUCAGUUAAAUUUGUUAUGGUGGAAUCAGACCACCCGGAGUACAGCUCAACAUUUAAGUCCACUAAGCAGUCCGUCGCUGUGGAAUUUUCUUCACUACAAGUAAAACUGCACCAAGAAGCUCUUCUUAACAUCAUCGAUGUUUCAACCAAAAUACUGCCACCUAGUGAAGGGACAUCAGCUCUGCCACUUGUGUCUGCUGACAGUACAAAAACGAAAGUUCAAGAUGAAAAUAAAACGUCUGAGCUAGUUGCGCCAAAAGGCAAAACGAAGAAAGAUAGUAAAGAUGAAAUACAGAUUGAGGUGACUGCUAAACUGGGAGGAAUCGAUGUUACAGUGACAUCUGUUGAGGGUGAUUUGACACAUGUAUUUAUUGGAGAGUUAUCCGCUGGCUGUGCUGUUAGAGACAGCAGAACAGACGUUACGGCCAGUAUGAAAACUUUGUCAGUGAUGGAUUCUACUCCUGGGGCGGUAUAUCCGAAGAUAGUAUCCAUCGUGAACGAGGAGUUGUUUAGCCUUCAGGUUAUUGCACACAAUGAUGCAACUGCGGGCAUCAAGUUAAGAGACAUGGAAGCUGUAGAUCUUAAAUUCGAGAUGGCAAUUGGUUGUAUCCGUGUCAUCUUCCUAAACAAAUUUGUGAUGAGGCUGCUGGACUUUUUGAACAAGUUUCAGCGGGCAAAGGAUGCCAUGGAGUAUGCCAGAAAAACUGCUGCUGAGUCAGCCAGUGCAACAAUUCAGAGUUUGCAAAUCCAGAGCUCAAGAAUAAGCAUGAACGUUUCUAUCCAAGCACCGGAGGUUAUCAUCCCUGUGAGUUCGACGUCUCGCGAUGCAAUUGUUGCAAAUCUUGGUCAACUUAAUGUGUCAAACACCUUCAACCUUGCACAUAAUGGGAAGGAUCCUGAAGGAAGUGAUACUGUUGUUAUUGACAACAUGGUGUUGGAACUUAGUUCUGUAAAACUGUUGAGAGCUGUGAUGACCGAUGGGGAAACCAUAGGACCCACCCAACUGGUCCUUGAACCAGCGAAUGUGACGGUUCAUGUGGCUCGAAACUUGUCUCCUUGGUAUCGUGAUGUGCCUGAUAUCGAUGUGAAAGGAAAGCUUCAUGUGGUUAAGUUACGCGCUGGUGAAGAUGAAAUAAGAACUAUACUAGGGAUCUUGUUGAAGAAUCUCAGUGAAGGAGUCACAUCUCGCACAGACGUAACACAACUGGGUGUUUUGGGAAGUGGUACAGGAGAAGAGGAUGAUGAAGCUGACGAAAUAGAAGAAAUGUGCCAGAUACCACCUGAAACUACAACCGGAGAAUCCAACCUUCAACGAGCUAAGAGUAAGGAAAAAGAGGCUAUGGCGAAACAAGUUAAAGUUUCGCUCAAGUUUGAAAUAGAAGAGAUAUUCGUUGACUUUAGCACUGUGGAUAGUGGAGGGAAAUUGACGCCUUUUCUUGCGCUGCAUGUUAAAGGCCUGGGUACCGAUGUUGUCAUGCAUCCUUGGGAUAUCUCAGCGAGUGCUUCCUUGUCUUCUCUUACCAUAGCGGAGAUGAUUCAUGGAACUGGAGGAGGUCCUCUUUAUCUUGUGCAGACGCCUGCUGGGGAAGAGCUGCUCUCAGUUAAAUUUGUUAUGGUGGAAUCAGACCACCCAGAGUACAGCUCAACAUUCAAGUCCACUAAGCAGUCUGUUACUGUGGAAUUUUCUUCACUGCACGUAAAACUGCAUCAAGAAGCUCUGCUCAACAUCAUCGAUGUUUCAACCAAAAUGCUUCCACCUAGUGAAGAGACUCCAGCUCUGCUACUUGUGUCUGCUGAGAGUACAAAAACGAAAGGCCAAUAUGUAAAUAAAACGUCUGAGCUAGUUGCGCCUAAAGGCAAAAAGAAGAAAGAUGGUAAAGAUGAAAUACAGAUUGAGGUGACUGCUAAGCUGGGAGGAAUCGGUGUUACAGUGACAUCUGUCGAGGGUGAUUUGACGCAUGCAUUUAUUGGAGAGUUAUCCGCUGGCUGUGUUGUUAGAGACAGCAGAACAGACGUUACGGCCAGUAUGAAAACUUUGUCAGUUUUGGAUUCUACUCCUGAGGUGGUAUAUCCUAAGAUAGUAUCCAUCGUGGACGAGGAGUUGUUUAGCCUUCAGGUUAUUGCACACAAUGAUGCAACUGCCGGCAUCAAGUUUAGAGACAUGGAAGCUGUAGAUCUGAAAUUCGAGAUGGCAAUCGGUUGUAUCCGUGUCAUCUUCCUAAACAAAUUUGUGAUGAAGCUGCUGGACUUUUUGAACAAGUUUCAGCGGGCAAAGGAUGCCAUGGAGUAUGCCAGAAAAACUGCAGCUGAGUCAGCCAGUGCAACAAUUCAGAGUUUGCAAACUCAAAGCUCAAGAAUAAGCAUGAAAGUUUCUAUCCAAGCACCGGAGGUUAUCAUCCCUGUGAGUUCGACGUCUCGCGAUGCACUUGUUGCAAAUCUUGGUCACCUUAGUGUGUCAAACACCUUCAACCUUGCACAUGAUGGGAAGGAUCCUGAAGGAAGCGAUACUGUUGUUAUUGACAACAUAGUGGUGGAACUUAGUUCUGUAAAACUGUCGAGAGCUGUGAUGACUGAUGGGGAAACCAUAGGACCCACCCAACUGGUCCUUGAACCAGCGAAUGUGACAGUUCAUGUGGCUCGAAACUUGUCUCCUUGGUAUCACGAUGUGCCUGAUAUUGAUGUGAAGGGAAAGCUUCAUACAGUUAAGUUACGUGCUGGUGAAGAUGAAAUAAGAACUAUACUAGGGAUCUUGUUGAAGAAUCUCAAUGAAGGAGUCACAUCUCGCACAGACGUAACACAAUUGGGUUUUUUGGGAAGUGGUACAGGAGAACAAGCGGAGGAAAUGGAUGAAAUGUGCCAGAUACCGGCUGAAACUCUAACCGGAGAAUCGAACCAUGAACGAGCUAAAAGUGAAGAAAAAGAGGCUAUGGCAAAACAAGUUAAAGUUUCGCUUAAGUUUGAGAUACAAGAGAUAUUCGUUGACUUUAGCGCUGUGGAUAAUGGAGGGAAAUUGACGCCUUUUCUUGCGCUGCAUGUCAAAGGCCUGGGUACUGAUGUUGUCAUGCAUCCUUGGGAUCUCUCAGCGAGUGCUUCCUUGUCUUCUCUGGCCAUAAUGGAGAUGAUCCAUGGAACUGGAAGAGGUCCUCUUUAUCUUGUGCAGACGCCUGCUGGGGCAGAGCUGCUCUCAGUUAAAUUUGUCAUGGUGGAAUCAGACCACCCAGAUUACAACUCAACAUUUAAGUCCACUAAGCAGUCUAUUGCUUUGGAGUUUUCUUCACUGCAAGUAAAACUGCAUCAAGAAGCUCUGCUCAACAUCAUCGAUGUUUCAACCAAAAUGCUGCAACCAAGUGAAGAGACUCCAGCUCCGCUACCUGUGUCUGCUGACAGUAUAAAAACGAAAGGCCAAUAUAUAAAUAAAACGUCUGAGCUGGUUACGCCCAAAGGCAAAAAGAAGAGAGAUGGUAAAGAUGAAAUACAGAUUGAGGUGACUGCUAAGCUGGGAGGAAUCGAUGUUACAGUGACAUCUGUUGAGGGUGAUUUGACGCAUGUAUUUAUUGGAGAUUUGUCCGCUGGUAGUGUUGUUAGAGAAAGCAGAACAGACGUUACGGCCAGUAUGAAAACUUUGUCAGUGACGGAUUCUACUCCUGGGGCGGUAUAUCCGAAGAUAGUAUCCAUCGUGAACGAGGAGGUGUUUAGCCUUCAGGUUAUUGCACACAAUGGUGCAACUGCCGGCAUCAAGUUAAGAGACAUGGAAGCUGUAGAUCUGAAAUUCGAGAUGGCAAUCGGUUGUAUCCGUGUCAUCUUCCUAAACAAAUUUGUGAUGAAGCUGCUGGACUUUUUGAACAAGUUUCAGCGGGCAAAGGAUGCUAUGGAGAAUGCCAGAAAAACUGUAGCUGAGUCAGCCAGUGCAACAAUUCAGAGUUUGCAAAUCCAAAGCUCAAGAAUAAGCUUGAAAGUUUCUAUCCAAGCACCUCUGGUUAUCAUCCCUGUGAGUUCGACGUCUCGCGAUGCAAUUGUUGCAAAUCUUGGUCACCUUAGUGUGUCAAACACCUUCAACCUUGCACAUAAUGGGAAGGAUCCUGAAGGAAGUGAUGCUGUUGUUAUUGACAGCAUGGUGGUGGAACUUAGUUCUAUAAAACUGUUGAGAGCUGUGAUGACUGAUGGAGAAACCAUAGGACCCACCCAACUAGUCCUUGAACCAGCGAAUGUGACAGUUCAUGUGGCUCGAAACUUGUCUCCUUGGUAUCACGAUGUGCCUGAUAUCGAUGUGAAGGGAAAGCUUCAUGCAGUUAAGUUACGUGUUGGGGAAGAUGAAAUAAGAACUGUGCUUGGGAUCUUGUUGAAGAAUCUCGGUGAAGGAAUCACAUCUCGCACAGACGUAACACAAUUGGGUGUUUUGGGAGGUGGUACAGGCGAACGAGAUGAUGAAGCUGAGGAAAUGGAUGAAAUGUGCCAGAUACCACCUGAAACUCUAACCGGAGAAUCCAACCUUAAAGGAGGUAAAAGUGAAGAAAAAGAGGCUAUGGCGAAACAAGUUAAAGUUUCACUUAAAUUUGAGAUAGAAGAGGUAGUCGUUGAUUUUAGCACUGUGGAUAGUGGAGGGAAAUUGACGCCUUGUCUUGCGCUGCAUGUCAAAGGCCUGGGUACCGAUGUUGUCAUGCAUCCUUGGGAUCUCUCAGCAAGUGCUUCCUUGUCUUCUCUGGCCAUAGUGGAGAAGAUCCAUGGAACUGGCGGAGGUCCUCUUUAUCUUGUGCAGACGCCUGUUGGGGCAGAGCUGCUCUCAGUUAAAUUUGUUAUGGUGGAAUCAGACCAUCCAGAGUACAGCUCAACAUUUAAGUCCACCAAGCAGUCUGUUGCUUUGGAAUUUUCUUCACUGCAAGUAAAUCUGCAUCAAGAAGCUCUGCUCAACAUCAUCGAUGUUUCAACCAAAAUGCUGCCACCAAGUGAAGAGACUCCAGCUCUGCUACUUGUGUCUGCUGACAGUAUAAAAACGAAAGGCCGAUAUGUAAAUAAAACGGCUGAGCUAGUUACGCCCAAAGGCAAAAAGAAGAAAGACAGUAAAGAUGAAAUACAGAUUGAGGUGACUACAAAGCUGGGAGGAAUCAAUGUUACAGUGACAUCUGUUGAGGGUGAUUUGACACAUGUAAUCGUCGGAGAUUUGUCUGCUGGCUGUGUUGUUAGAGACAACAGAACAGACGUCACGGCCAGUAUGAAAACUUUGUCAAUUUUGGAUUCUACUACUGAGGUGCUAUAUCCGAAGAUAGUCUCCAUCGUGAACGAGGAGGUAUUUAGCCUUCAGGUUAUUGCACACAAUAAUGCAACUGGCGGCAUCAAGUUUAGAGACAUGGAAGCUGUAGAUCUGAAAUUCGAGGUGGCAAUCGGUUGUAUCCGUGUCAUCUUCCUAAACAAAUUUGUGAUGAAGCUGCUGGACUUUUUGAACAAGUAUCAGCGGGCAAAGGAUGCUAUGGAGUAUGCCAGAAAAGCUGCAGCAGAGUCAGCCAGUGCAAUAAUUCAGAGUUUGCAAACUCAAAGCUCAAGAAUAAGCAUGAAAGUUUCUAUCCAAGCACCGGAGGUUAUCAUCCCUGUGAGUUCGACGUCUCGCGAUGCACUUGUUGCAAAUCUUGGUCACCUUAGUGUGUCAAACACCUUCAACCUUGCACAUGAUGGAAAGGAUCCUGAAGGAAGUGAUACUGUUGUUAUUGACAACAUGGUGGUGGAACUUAGCUCUGUGAAACUGUCGAGAGCUGUGAUGGCUGAUGGGGAAACCAUAGGACCCACCCAACUGGUCCUUGAACCAGCGAAUGUGACAGUUCAUGUGGCUCGAAACUUGUCUCCUUGGUAUCGCGAUGUGCCUUAUAUCGAUGUGAAGGGAAAGCUUCAUGCAGUUAAGUUAUGUGCUGGUGAAGAUGAAAUAAGAACUAUACAAGGGAUCUUGUUCAAGAAUCUCAGUGAAGGAGUCACAUCUCGCAAAGAAGAGAUCAGCAUUAUAACACAAGAUUCCGCAGGCGUUGCCAGUCGAAGCCUGAGUGUUGCAGAAUCAGCUUCGAGUGAUGGUGUGUGGGACUUUGUGAAGUUUUCAUUUGAGAUUGAAGAAGUUUCAGCUGGAGUGUUCUGGAAGGAAAAGGAAAAGUUGCUUCAGCCUGCCAGCACCACGUCAUCCAGAGAUGCAGAAUGCUGUCUAGGGCAGUUCUCGCUGGUCCGGGUGAAAGCCUCAGGAAGUAUCAAAUCCAACUCGGCAAUAAAGGCCAGUGUGACGUUAGAGAGUUGUAUUCUCGAUGAUAAAAGGCCGCAGAGUGAGGAAGGAGUCACAAGGAUGAUUGAAAAGUUUAGUGGUGGCUCAAGUGAUGUUGAAAACAUGAUCGAUAUUCAGUUCCAGCAAACUGCUGCUCAGGAUAAAAACAUUGAGAUGGAAAUAAAGAGCUUCAACGCGGUAGUGAACCUGGAGUUUCUACUGGUUCUGUCUAAAGUGUUUACGUCAGCGUUAGCCACGGAUGAAUCAGACAGCACGUUAUUACUUGCCUCUAAACACGUAUCUCAGAAGGUGGCUAUUACACAUCCAUCUGUCACUGUUGCGAACACCGAUGAAGAACCACCACAAAUCGUCGUUCAGAUCGCCAUUAAAGACCCAGAAAUUAUCUUGCUAGCAGAUGGAAGAGACAAAAAUACCAAUGCUCUCUUCUUGAAGAAUACAAUCGAUUUCCGCUUUGUUCAGGGUCUUGGACAGCAAAACAUGUCAGGUUCUGUUUCAGAUGUCGUAAUUAACUUAGCAGCGUUUGACAAGGAGAGAAGAGCUUCAACCAAAUCCAGGGUUCUUCAGCUUUCGCAUAUAUAUUUUGUAAGCUCGGUACCAGAAGGCAGUAGCAUGCAUAUUGACGUAUCAACAGCAAUAGCUUACAUACACGUGUCGCCUCCUACCAUCAGGACAUUAACAGCGUGUCUGAUGUCAUUAGCCCCAGCUAAGACGGAAGAAGAUGGAAAGAAGGCAACUGAAACUGCCGUAGACUUAUGGAAUGAAAAGCCAAUUACGACUAAGGAUCGAUGGUAUUUAUCCCCAGUUCCAGAAGACCAGCUUGUUCCUGGGAGACGGGUGCUUGCCAGAGCUUUGACUAACAUGAAGUUGUAUGAUCCGGGAUAUAUUUACGUGGCUUUGGAAAACAUGAUUGGUGUCCACUUUGACGGCGGCUUCCCAACUGCCUAUGAUCCAAAUGACAUUACCGCUAUUGUGGUGGACAAAGAUCCUGAUCCUAAAGCUCUGGUUUUUGGUACACCUGUGGUAGCGAAGCGUUCAAACGAUUCAUCUCAUGUCGAAGGAAAAGUGAAAGAAAGGAAAGAGGAGAAUGGAAAGGAAACAUAUUUAAUUGACUUUUUGGAUGGCAUCGGACAAUGGGAUACUCUAGAUCAGAUUCGUAUUCUCACCACUAGUAAGCCAGGAGUUUGUAGGGGGCAGAUUGAAGUGUCAUCCAUCGUAUUUGUCAGAUUAAAAGACGAGAUGUACAGGAGAGGUUUUGUCUCCAGCAAAACAUACAGGAAACAUGUGAUACGGUUAAUCGGUGAAGUGGCGAUUAUCAGCGUAGACGUAAACGACAGUGCGGCGGUAGUACCAGAUGUUAUCCCAGAUGCAGCUUCUCUUACUGUUGGAAGAACAGUUAUUGCUACAGUUGACACUGCUUUUUGGGAGGCGGGAUUUAUCGUUCAGAUUCGGACACUAGACGAUUCAGGAGGGGAUAUUUACCGUGUCAGGUUCUUAAAUGGUGGCGAUACGUGGAUUUUUAACAUCAACAACAUCCGUAUUUUGAUGACAAGGAAACCCAAUGUCCCAGAAGGCAUUUUAGACGUAGGUACAGUGGUAUGGGCACACACGUCCAAAAUACGCUACUACAAAGGAUUUGUCGCCUACAAAGGAACAAAGCUGCAUGUUGAUCUCUAUGACGGAGAUAAAUUUGUGUACGAAAUGAAAGAUGCGUCACGCAGAGUGAUUCCUGAUGUGCCGCCAAAGGCGGCAGAUAUCAAACCUGGAACCAGAGUCAUAGCCAAGUUUAAGAACAAGCCUCGGUACUACAGUUCUACAGUGAUGGAGGUAGACGCCUCUGAGCCAAGCGAACCGAUGUAUCACGUGAAGCUUGACGAUGGAGAUGAGACGUGGGAUUCUUUGUAUCAUCUCAGACUUUUACCCAAAGAGGUUCAAGUUGGAAGUGAGGAGAAGCCUCCCAACCAUGUUAAUGCCAACGAGGCUGGUAACCAUGAAACAGAAUUGUUGGUUUUUAAAAUGGAAGGACUUGACAUCAAGCUGGAAGGUUUGUUUGGCAGCCAAGUGAUUCCAUUGCUUUCCGUUGAUGGAUCCAUCGAAGGAGAAGUUCGGAACUGGUCUUCGGCAUUGUCAGUCUAUGCUCGAGUCGGCGUCAUUGGAAACUAUUUCAACGAAAGUGUGUCUGAAUGGGAACCUCUUAUUGAGCCGGUGGAGAAUGAAAACGGCACUUAUCGACAUUGGGAAGUUAAUUUUGACCUAUCUUUAGCAAAUGGUGGAGAUGAAAAAAGCAGUUUGGAUGACAAUUCAGAGGCAGCCAUGACUAUGGCAGUUCGAUCAAAGGAUGAAUUACAGCUUACUGUAACAAAAACAUGUCUGGACACCUUCACUAAACUCGGAGCGGCUUUCAAAGAGGCUGUUACUCUGAAGGGUACAAGAGUGAUAGCCAUUGAAGACGUUCCCCCCUAUCAGAUAUGGAAUGAGCUUGGAAUAGAAGUGAAACUUCGUCCGGGAAAACAGCUUAUGAUUGCAAGUGGAGCUGAUCAAGAUGGCAUGGUUACAAUGCUUCCAGGUCAAAGCCUUUCCCUACGCUUUGCCAAAGGAAUUCACAAGAGAACCAGCCGAUACGAAAGAGCAAAUAGUACUUCCGGAGGAGGGGGGCCUAGUAUUGGUGUUGAGGUGCAAGGCUAUCAUGAGAUGAAACCUGUCUCAAUCAAACAAGCAAGAGUUAUCUUACAAAAUGUCAUCCCCAAAAAGCUCCUUUCUGGAUUGAUUGUAUCAGUUGUGAUUCAAGUGGAAACUGGAGACGGCCAGAAGAUAGUAACUAUCAGAUCACCCUUACAGGUCAACAACCACUUCCCGAUCUCAGUGGACUUACUGUGUAGGAAGGAAGAUCAGUUGUCCCGUGUCACAACAAUUCAACCGGACAGUGUGUUCAGUGUUCCCCUAAUAUUGGCUCAUAAGGCUGCACUUUAUCUUAGACCUGCGGGAUUCGGGUAUGGAGCAAGUACGACACCGCUGUUGUGGAACAAGUUGGCAUCUGAGGGGUAUUCUUCAGUUCAGUGUCCACCCCCGGGAGGCGAGGGACCACCUUUUCAUAUCGCGGUUGAUUGUGAACAAGUGUCGUACAGUGCAGUUCAUGGAUCCUUGGAGCAUGCGCCAAACUACGUCUUACACAUCUACCCAACGGCUGUUCUACAUAACUACUUGCCAUAUAAUAUUCUCUACAGUACACCGGGAACGCCUCUUGUUGAACUUAAAGGUGGCGACAAAUGGCCUUUGUUUUCCGUCAGUCUUCAUCGAAAAGUCAAUCUUUACAUUCAGAUUGACAAUUAUCAAGGGAGCAUGUGGAAAGGCCAGGUUGAACUUCUCAAGGGAAUGGACGAACUCACAACAUUUACCUUGGAAUCAACUCAAGUGGCAGGUUAUGGAAAGCACUUGAGACUGGGAGUAUUAGCCAGAUUUGAUGGGACAAUGAGCAUUACCUUGUACUGCCCUUACUGGAUGGUCAACAAAACUGGACUUUAUCUGGAAUACAAGGCGCCUGAUAACGAGACUGUUAUACCUCAUCCCGUUUCCUUGACCGAGCCAGUCAUGUUUUCUCACCGAGGAAAAGGAGUGGCCUUUGUUCGUCUUGCUGAAUCUGAUUGGUCCACUAAAUUUUCUCUGGACGCGGCAGGCAGUGGAGGAGCGCUAAAAAUCACGAGGAGUGGGAAAUUGUAUGAGAUCGGUAUGCAGACAACCUUAUCCUACUUCAGUUUAACCAAGAUUGUGGAAUUCACACCGUUUAAUCUCAUAAAUAAUCACACAGAGUACACAGUGUCGCUGUCGGACUCGAAGGGGCCAGACUCGAAGUGGACUAAAGUUCAACCAGGAGAGUGUGAACCAUUCUGGCCAAAUUCGUUCCCAUCCAAGAACUUGGCUAUCAGGGUUGGGGACAAUGAAGAAGUAUCACCAAGCUUUGACUUCGAACCCGACAUCACUUUAUUGCUGAGAAUAAACGGAAAGGUGGGGGCUGUGUGUGCCGACAUGCGCACAAAAGAUAAUGCUGCUAUCACAACUAUCACACCAUACUUUGCCGGAGCAGCUACCGUUAGACUGGAGAACUGCACUGAGCUAGACAUCUGCUAUAAACAGAAAGACUUGUCUUUCAGGUGCAAGGAACAUUGUUUGCAUCCUAACCAGAGCGUUUUGUUCACAUGGGAUGAACCCUCAGCUUCGAGAGAGUUUGUCUGGUUUGUCAAAGGAUCUAAAGAGAGAAUCACCACUGACUUGUCACAAACGGGUUUUGACAGAUUUGAGUACCGUGGUAAGAAGAUGUACUAUUCCACCUUCCUGGACGGUCUGCAGCGCGUGCUCCUCAUCACCGAUGACUUUACACUGGCGUUCAGAGCUCAAGUGGAACUAAAGGAGCGCCCCUCACAGUGCAUCACUUUUGCACUUCAGGGAGUUGGCUUGUCUCUUGUGAACAAUGAAAAAAGUAUCGAGGUGGCAUACAUCGGAAUUAAACCGAGUGAUAUUAUCUGGGAAGAGCAGAAGAAGAAAGGAAGAUGGAAGGCACUCAAGUUACGCCUCUGCAAUGAAUUAGAAGCUGGUUGGAAUAAAUUGCAGCGAGAUAUUGCCAUAGGUGCCACAGCCAAUUACAUCUAUAAGAGUGGCGACUUGGAGGUUGAUUUUAAACAAAUGGAGAUUGUGCGGCCUACACGCCAGCACAUCAGAAGAACAUUUACUCCUGGAAUUUCAUUAGAGUACACAUCUUCGCCAAAUGAACACACACUUUCUACAAAGAUCAAUUCAGUUCAGAUUGACAGCCAAGUCCCAGGUGCCACCUUCCAGACCGUACUCUUCCCAGUGCCCCCUCCAAAGUCAAUCGCCGCUGAUAGUGAACCAAAGCCGUACAUUGAAGUGAGUUUAGUCGCAAAGCAAGAGGAGCACACGCACGUGAAUGAGAUCAAGUACUUCAAGGUUCUCAUUCAAGAGAUGGACGUAAAGAUCGAUAUGAGCUUUAUCAUGGCCUGUAUUGGAUUAUUUUCGUUUGACGCUAUUGACACAGGCCAAGAGUCCAGCCAGUAUGCUUUGGACAAACAAAUGGUUCAUGGCAAGCUUGGAGAGGCGUUUGCCGUUCAGGCUGCCCUAAGUACUGACAGAAAUUUUUUCGACUUCUUCCAUCUAUCACCGUUGAAGAUUCAUGUUAGUUUUUCUCAGCUGGGUGGCGGCGCCGAGGUCAAAAAAGCUAUCGGUGGCAGUUUUGUAAGCUUGUUGCUCAAGAGUGUCGGAGUAGCAGUCACUGAAGUACAAGAUGUAGAGUUCAAGCUAGCUUAUCUCGAAAUAAAGGACAAAGUUUAUACGCCGCAGCAGUUAAUGGAAGUCGCCAUCAAGCAUUACCGUAGUCAGGCACUGAAGCAGUUAUACGUGUUAGUACUGGGGCUUGAUGUAUUAGGAAAUCCGUUUGCUUUGCUUACCGGCCUGAAGGAAGGAGCGAGGGACUUCUUUUACGAACCUUACCAGGGUCUUAUCCAGGGUCCUGGCGAGUUCGCAGAGGGUUUGCUGAUUGGCGCCACGAGCUUGUUAGGUCACACUGUUGGUGGUGCGGCUGGUGUAGUCUCUCGUAUAACUGGAACGCUGGGCAAAGGUAUCGCUGCACUAACAAUGGAUGAUAAAUACCAACAGGAGAGGAGGCAGGCGAUGGGAAAGAAACCUGUUAAUGUCAAAGAAGGACUCACAAGGGGUGGGAAGGGACUUCUUGAAGGCGUUUUGGGAGGUGUGACAGGAAUAGUAACCAAACCAAUGCAGGGCGCAAAGGCUGGUGGUGCCGCGGGGUUUUUCAAGGGACUGGGAAAGGGUGUGGUUGGUGUAGUGGCACGUCCUGCCGGAGGUUUGGUUGACUUUGCGAGCAGCACAUUCGAAGGAAUUAAAGGUUCUGCCAUCAGUGGAAGUGAAGUUAAACGAUUAAGACCACCCAGAUGUUUCUACGCUGACAAGGUUAUCAAGCCAUAUAAUCUGCACGAAGCCCUAGGAAACGCCGUACUGCAGGAAACUAAGAAAACGAGAGCUGUCUUGGUGGCCGACACUUAUUUCUGUCAUAGUCGUCUUAAUACUAGGAAAACACUUCUUAUCACAAACAAACACAUCAUAGUUGCUGGUAAAACAGAUGUGUUUGAAGCGUGGCAAAUUGAUUGGAUGUGUAGAUUUGACGAACUCAUGGGUGAACCGAGAACUGAAGGAGAAAGACUUGUUCUAAAUGUGCGGGUCAAAGCUAAAACAAAAGGCAUGUUAAAACGGCAGUCAGACGAUACGAAAAUUUUUACGCCCAGCCCAGAAGUGGCUCAGUGGCUGGUUGGAAAAAUCAAAGAGGCUCGGUCUUAAAUUACAGUGCCUUCAAUGAGCGGUUAAGAAUGCACGCUUUCCAGUUCAUUGAAGAAUUCACAAUUUCGUGGUGAAGAAAGCAAAGAACUAUUCUUUCAGUAAUAGGAGUAAAAGGUCAUGCAGAAACUAGCCUUGGCUUAGUUCUGUUAGCAGCCGGAGGAUGAGAAUUUUUUGAAAUGUGGUGAGCACUUUAAAAUGAUUUUUGAGUAAUAAGGUACAUAAUGCGAAACCCAAAUGAAGAACAACAGACACUACGUCGAUGGUCUCUUUUAUCUAAAGUUGCUAUUAUUCAGAUUUUCCGAAAUUACCAAUUUGUAUUGGCACUUUUACAUUUCCUAGCAGUUAGUUAUGAUUCGGUAUACAUGCAAAGACAGCACUUUAGAAGGUUUUUCAUUUCACUAAUCUAAAAGAAGAAUGUUUUUCUUCUUGUCACGAGGAAGAAAUUCUGAAUAACCAUAAAGAAUCAAGUCUUAGAUCAUCGGUCUCACAGCUUUUCCUUUGUCUCGCGCUCGUGACAAGAUAAAAAGUAUUUUUCAUUUCGCCACCGAGUUCAAAACUCGCCAUCUUUAGUAUUCAGUUUAGUGAAACAAAUCUUGUUAUGAAGACGUUUUCGGCUUCUCACUGUAGUGAUAUACAACACAGAUAAAAGUUCACAGUGAUUGUUUUCAAUUCUGUUUUCAGUAUCGUUCCCACAGCGAGGCCAAUGAUUGAAUUAUUAAAUAGGGUAAAACAAGAAAUAAUGAAAUGGCAUAAAAAUGCUUUGAUAUGAAGCUCGUUGUUAAAAGAUGGAUAACAUUGAAAUAUGCGAGGAAAAUUUCGCUGAUCACCAUCGCAAGGUAUUCAAUAUUUAGGUACCUGAUAACAAAUUGACUAGACUUCUUGCAGUUCCCUUUUCCUAGUCGAAUACGAUAAGCAUCGUGCAAGUGAAGGGAGCUCAGAGAUGUUCAGAUAACAACUGAAAACUUGGGUUAUUUUUUUAAUUCGUUGGACUAAUUAGCUUAAUCAAAUAAUGAAGAGGUCGAGGAAGUUAACCAUUGGAGUUGUGUUUUUACUUGGCUGAUUAGUUUGUAUACUUGUUUCAACCCUGUGAGUAACUAGCCUCUAAUUUCUCCUUACAAUAUCACCCCUGAAUCAUAUUAAGGUCGUGAGAAUGAAGGAAAUAAUCACCAACUAAACAGGAUCUUGAUUUUUAAACAAAUCGUCCUUGUCGGCACCUUGGGAAGUGUCAAAAGUACAGUAUGGAGAACAUACAAACUGAUGUUAGAGUUUAGAGGGUUAAUGAGGUAUUUAAUCGCGCGCUUUACUGCUAGUUUUAGGCAGGAUUAAUAUUUUUGUCAUACUCGUUCCUGUUAGACUAGAGCUUAAAUUGUAUUUUUGAAUUUAGUGACAACUUUAAAAUAAUUCUUGAAAUGUACAAACAUGUUUGAAAACACUAAUGAAUAUCUCUACAUUUUGUAAAUAUAUUUCAUGCUGUCAAGAAA